CGCGAUGAACGAUUUAUAAUUAUUAUUUCCCUUGUGUCAUAUAGUUUAUCAUUUUUAUCCAGCAGGUGAACCCCGGUCCUGUUGUAUUAAAUUAUAUCUUAUGGUUUUCGCGUACACAAUCUAUUAAUAGAUGUAGGUGGAGUGGAGCGUUAAACUUUCUGCCUCCCGACUGGUAUAAUUUAUUUGACUGUUUCUAUUUGAAAGAUUAGCCCGCGUGAAAGGCAAGAUGGAUUUUAAAAUGCACGAAUAUACCCACGCCGUGGUAGGCCGAGUGACGCCGGCACUGCGUGCUACAGACCGGGCUGACUUGAAUGACGCGCGGAGACAACACGAAUGCUACCUGCGUCUCCUCAGCGAGCUGAAUGUGGAAGUGAUAGAAGUCGAUCUGCCAGAAUCUUUCCCGCACAAUGUCUUCAUUGAAGAUGUUGCUGUAGUUUGCCAUGGAAUAGCUUUAUUGCCAAAAGGACUGACUACUGCUGAGCAAGUAAAAGCAAAAGCUGUUAGACGAGUUCUGGAGAAAGAGCUGAAUCACACAAUCAUUGAGUUGGCAGACCCUGAAGCCAGGAUUGUUGGCUCUGAUGUACUUUUCACAGGCCGUGAGUUCUUCGUGGGAAUCACAGAGGCCAGCAACGAGGCCGGCGCCCUCGCCGUCGCGGAGGCUUUCCCGGAGUUUCCCUGUACCCCUAUUAAGGUAACAAAGGGAGCGCAUCACCUCAAAAAGUACGUGACUGUCGCCGGACCAGACAUUCUCUGCGUCGGCAACAGCAAGGAGGCCAAAGAGCUCCUUAAGCGAAUGGAGAGGGAGGCCAAUUUCGCUUAUCAGACACUGACGGUGCCCGAGGACGACGCCGCUAAUUGCAUGUACGUGAAUGGCACGCUCAUUCACAGGGCUAUUGAAGAAAUACCAGACUCUUUCAAGGUUUUCUGCGAAAGAAUCGACUUCGCUCGAAGAUCCAUAUGUUUCUCCGAACUGGCCAAAAUCUCCACCGGACUCAGCUCUUGCAGUUUGCUCGUAAGGAAGAUAUAAGCGGCAGCGGCGUUACGUUACGUUACAAGUAAUUCUAAACCAUUUUACCUGAGCAGAGCUGCGUACCUACAAUGUAAUCUAAUCCUCUUGCCGCCCAAUCUAUAUUGAGAUCUACCUAAAUUUUGUUUAAAUGGAAUUUUAACUUUUAAGUGAACAAAUAAAGUAAGUGUGUCUGGCAGUCACA